UAUCUUCCGAUCUAGAUAGACGAUUUUGUUCCGAAUGGGUUUGUUUUGUAGAUAAAAAUCUAAACAAUACACUGAAGAAGUCUGAAAAAAAUGGAAACUUGGUAACACGUUUCGUCGAGUUGACCGAAGAAAAUAUGAAAUUGUGACACUUAUCGAGAUUCUCCAUGGCGGCAUUUAAGAAGAAAACGAAAUCAACAACAAACGUAGAUAGUGAUACAAAACUGAAAGUUACUUUCAGUAACCCAUUACAACAACCAGAGAAGUUGAAGAAGAUAAACAACUUAGAACGAGAGUUAGCAUUACUGGAAGCUCAAAAUAAAAGGUUUAAUGCUGGCGAUGAUGUCGAAGUUUCAAAUGAGAUAAAAGAUUCAAGACAAAAUAGAGAUCUGAGAUUGAGGCAAUCAAACAAAGUUAAAGAAAAAAAAUUUGUAUCAAAUAAUAAAACAGAUACAGGUGUACGAAAUAAAACAUUAAAACCUAAACACUUCUCUCCAAAGUAUGGUACAAAGUAUAAAAAAAGAAAGUCAUUGCUGGAGGAAAUUGUCCCUAAAGACGAGAACAUGACAAAAGUAGAUGAAACUGACAGAAUUGUAAAACCACGCAGUUCUGUAAGUUCACAUCCUGAAUCCACUAGUCGUACGAUUUUUAAAACAGCUCAAACAUGGGAUGCAAUUUUGUCAAAAUCAGAUGAAAGAAGUGGAACUUAUAUACCCGGAAGCUUGGGAAAGCGCCAACGUCAUAAUCAGGAAUCCUGGAACGAACAUGGUUCUUUGGGAAAACGAAAACAUUUAAACGAUAAGCAUGACAAUAUUAUUCUUAAUCCUGAAAUUCCAGAUACAAUUAAGACUGCUUCUAGUACCAGUGAUACGCUAAUACAAAAAGAUGUGAAGAAUGAAGCAAAAAAAGAUGAAGAACUAGCUUCGAAAGCUAAAGAUUUUUCACUAGUGGAAAAAGUUUCUAAUGAAAAUAUAUAUUCGAUUGACAAUCAUAACACUGAUAUCUCUACAAUUGGAGUGAAAAUGAUGAUAAUAAUUCCUUAUAAUGGAAAAAGCGUUCCUAUGGAGUGCCUUGUAGAUUAUGCAUCCAUGCAUUCACAGUUCAAGCGGAUUACAGGAGCAGAAGGCAAAGUAGUAUUUGCUGCUGGAUUGAAUAUAGCUAUGGGUGAUAUUACCACAGGUUGUAUAGAGAUGAAUCCUUGUUCAUCUAAAGGAACACAGAUACCAAAACUUCACCAUUUGGUGUUUUGUGUGGUAAAAGGAACAGUAACAGUACACAUUUAUCAUGCCAGGAAAAUUAUUUCAGCUGGUGGUCACUUCUUUGUCCCUUGUGGCACCUCCUAUGAUAUAAAAAAUUACAGUGAACAAAAGGCUAUUUUAAGUUUUGUAAAAAUAACAGAAAACUGUGUUAAUUUAGACAGGUCAAUUUAAAGUUAUCCAUGCGUAUAUAGUAGAUUUACAUAAUCAUUACAAAACAAAUAUUUUUUAUCAUGAUUUAACUGUUCUAAUCAUGCUAAAAUUAUUUUGAGUUUCCAUUUCAUUCAUUCAUGAGUUUUUAUUUUCUGAUCAGUGUCUGUUUCUAAUGGAAAGUAUACAAGAUGUGAAACAUGUAAUAUGUGUAAUUAACAAAUUUGAAAUUAUUUUUUUCCAACAUGCAUUAAAAUCCAUUGAUUCAAUUCUCAAACAACAAUGAAAGCAAAUAGUUUAUUAUGUACAUAAUUGUAUAAUUUUGAUGUAAUAAAAAUGUAUACAAUUUGGCACU